UGCUCCCAGAUCACGCCGCCAUGGACGCAGGUAGUUGGUCUGAUCUACCGCCGGAUCUGGCCCGCGAGAUCUCUGGCCGCCUGCAGCACGACGCCGUCGACUUAGCCCGCUUCCACGCCGUCUGUAAGCCAUGGCGAGACUCCCGGACGACGACGGCGGCGGGCCAGUUUCUGCCCUGGCUCGUCGCAGCGGUGGAGGAAGACGCCACGCGCCUCGAGAUGAGAUGCGUCCUCUCCGGCUACAACUACCGCUCGCAGCCGCUGCUGGCUGAGCCGGCCUGGUGGAAUUGGGUGACCAGCUCCGGCGGCACCGCCCUCUGGUGCCUGACCAUCGAACGCCUCCGGCCUAGUCUCCAUGACCCUCUCACCGGAGCGGCCGCACACCUGCCUCAACUCCCGCAAUCCCUCGGUCUGUGGGGGAAGGAUAUCGAUCCCCACGGAGUCAUCUACGAAGACGGCGCAACCCUUCUCUACGGCAUCUCCAGCGCCGGGUCCAAUGCCACGUUCAGGGCAGCUCUACAUCGCCCCGGCGACGCAGAGUGGACAAUCAUCGAGAGGACCCUCGAGCAUCCUGCCUGGAGCUGGUCACCUCGUCCACCUGUUCUGUCGUGUGUCACAUACCACGAUGGUAAGAUCCUGGUCGUCAUGAAGCCUGAUCAAUGGCGCCUUGUCACACCAAACAGCAAUAUGGCCCGCGAUGAGCUUGUUGAGAGCCAGGGGACGCCUAUGGUGCAGGUGUGGUUUGGUGAAUCCACAUACAAAUACGAUUACAGCUACGUGCUUGAGUCUCGUGGUGAGAUUCUAUGGGUGUCGGUUAAGACCCGGGAAUAUGACAGGUAUCGCAUGGGGCCUGACCCCUGCCUUCUCAGCGUCAAGGUAUCAAUGCAGGCACUUGAGGAGCCUCUGUUGUACGAAUCAUCGGCACUCGAGAAGAUGAGAUGGGUGAGAAGGGAUGGCCGUAGUCUCGCCGACCGCGUGCUGUUCCUCGGUAGGCGCCAUAGCUUUGUUGUGGAUGCAGGCCGGGUGCCCAACGGCCACGGCGGGUGCGCCUACUUUAUCUACCACCAUAAUAGCGCCUUGACACAAGAGAAGCGUGGCGUGUUCAGGUGCAACCUCAUCGACGGAAAGACCGAGCUUGUACAGCGGCUGCCUCGAUGUUGGGACUACAAAAUGUGCCUGUGGUUCAACCCCGAGUCCAUCAUUACUCCUCCUCAGGAAAUCAGUGAGGGGUCACCAAAGCAGCAGAUAGCUCCAAUAAUUUCUAGUCUUCGACGACACAACAUUAACGUUGAGAGACAUCAUGUUCCCAGUUUUACAUUGCUGGUGCGCAAUCUGCCUCUUACGGUGAAGACCACUCAGCUACGGCUCUUUUUCAGCGAGCAUGGUAAAGUGUCCAAUGCUGAGGUGAUUUGCUAUAAGAAGACCAGGGCCUCACAGGGUAUUGGCCAUGUGACCAUAGAGACGACACAUUCCCAUCUGGAAGAUGCUCUUGCUGCUCUCAAUGAACUGGUUUUGGAUGGAUGCCAUCUCAAGGUUAGCUUGAUUAAGGAGGGGCAGCCACCAAAACGUCGGCGUCGGCACAGAUAGAUCUAAAAUCUUGGAUUUUCAUUUUUCUCAUUAUAAAAGUGAAUAUACAUGGAUUGCACAUGCCUGCAUGUGUUGCUGCUCCUUGAUCGCCUUACCUUCGUAUUUUUCAGUGGAGUGAUUGAUCAAGCUAGCUAGGUUAGUACUCCUUUAUGUCACA